CUCAGGAGCGCCAUGGAGUGCAGAGCUGUUCCCAUUCUCCCCACCUACUCACAAGCCUGUGGUACUUCUAUGCCCCGGAAACCGUCCCUCUGCCGCACGCUCUUCGACUACGGACCUCUGAAUGAUCCGGUGAUCAUACUCAUCACGCUAGCCGUCGUAGUUGGAUCCUUUUGCCUGCUCAGCGGCUUCAUCCUGCUCUGCGUUGUGUCGAAAGCCUGGCAGGAUGAGACCUCCGAGGCCAUUCUUCUGAUGGCGAUUGGCUUCUUCAUCACGGCCUUGUCCUGCGUAUCGUGGAAGCUGACGCGAGCUCAGCGAAUCUCCCAAUUGGUGGAUGCCCUCGGCGGAGAUACCCAAACGCUUUAG